CGAAUGGCAACUUGACAGUUGUUGACACUGCGUUACUUAACCUAAAAGUUAAAGUUUGAAUCAGUGUCAGUAUUUAUGCUUGUGAUUUGAACGAUGAUCGUUUAAAAUCGCUUCGAACUCAUAAAUAUUGUUUAACCAUCAUGAAUUUAGCAUCCUAUAACACCUGGGUAGAGCUGUUUGAUGAUGAUAUCGCAGAAAUAUGGCAAUACGAGAGACAGGAAUUACGAAAAGCUGCAAUGGUGAUGACUGCAUUGAGGAAGGAGCUAAAAAAUGUUUAUCAUGGCGUGGAGAAUGAAAUGAAAAAGUUGAGGAAACAGUUGGAACACAAAGAUUUUCUGGAGGAAAUGAAUAAUUCGUAAGAUAAUCAUGGGCUGUCCACAGGGGAGGGGGUCCCCCGAUAAUCCUGUGGACCUUAAAAUUUGCAUAUUUAGAUGAUUUUGUGUUCAAUUUUGGGGAUUCAUAGGAUUUGGUAUUUUACCCUAAGAAAAUGUGCUACCCCCCGAACUGAGCCUAAUACAAUAAAGUUUAAUUUGGGUCUUAAAUGGUGAAGGAUCCUUCAUCCCUGAAUUGAUAUUUGUUUAUAAUAUUGACAAGACUCUUAAUUUAAGAACAGCCAGAGUUCAAUUCAUAAGGCUGUUAUCUACCUGCUUACACAAAGCUAAACGUUUUUGAAUGAUGCAUUGUAUGAACAGACUAUAGUUUUGCCUAUAGUAUGUUACAGGUUAAAUUCCUCUUGACACUUUCAGAUUAUUAUGUACUACUGACACUUUCAGAGUAUUAUGUACUACUGACUCCUUCAGAGUAUUAUGUGCUACAAGUAGUAGCCUGUUGGUGGAUAUUCUAAUGAAACAUACUUUUGUUUUAUUUUUCAGUGGCUGUUCAAAAAUUUCACCCAAAGUGAAAGAUAAAGAAAACAUGGAUAUUCCAAUUGCAAAAACGAGACUAAGCACAACACUAGAAAGUCCAGACUUGUUCAAAGUCAUAGACCAAAAUGUUUCGAAUGAAAACAAUUCCAAUACUUCCUCUACGAUAAUAGACCUUUCUCUGUCCGAUGAAAAUGUUCCAAUCUCUAAGACUGAAUGCAGUCCCACACUUAACAAAAGAAAGAAAAAAUUCAAGCACAAAAACUUGAACAGAAAGUUUGAUGACAGCAUAGAUUUGGGAUUUAAGAGAAAUAUUUUCACUCCCAGAAAAUCUGAUGCUGAUGAAUCUGUGAUAGCUGGUACUCCAGAUGUUUCUUCUAAACCUGUCACAAGUUUGAUUUCAAGUAGAACAACAAAAAAGAGUAGAAAAAAGAAAAAUACAACUUUGACACAGAUGUACCGUAGUGCUUUCUAUAAUCCAUCUAAGAUAAAUGCUGAUGAUGAGAAUGAUUCUGAUGAAACUCGAAUCGAUGAGAGUGCAACUGAAGGGCUUACAGAUUUCUUAGAUUAUAUGAAUCAGGCUGCAGCAAAGCCUAACAUGGAUGACAUUCAGUCAGAAAAUGAGCCGUUAGACAUCUCGUCAUGUAGUAAUGAUGCAUUUUCAAAUGCUAUUGUUCUCAAUGACAGUGACAUAGCUUCACCUCAAGAGAUCCCACCUAAAAGGCAAAAAGUACUACCUAAUCCUGUGGUCAGAGGCAAAGCAAGAAAAUUGUUGCCAGGAUUUUCAUGUCAGGAGUGUCGAAAUUUCUAUAGUAACAUGAAUUUGUCACCAGAAGAGUUGAAAAGGAAAAUGGAUGCUUGCUCUAGACAUAGAUACAAGUACAACCCUCCCCCAGAUACUAUGCCAGGUUAUUGGGAUCUGACAGUCACAUCUCAGGAGGUGCAAGAAAACAGCAAGACAAUUGAAACAAAGUGAUGUUUUAUUGUCUACAGCACCAACAUAGCUAACAUAUCAUAUGAAAUACAAAAUAACUAAAAUUACUUAUUAUGAACGUCCUCCUUAAAAUAACUCAGCGAUAUUACAUAGUGGAUGAUAAAACCUAAAGUGUCUAAGUACAAAUGUUUAAGUUCUAUUUUCUUAUAUUAAUGAUAUAUUUAUUUUUGUAUAUUAUGAAAAGCAGUUAUUAAUAAAGUGUAUAAAGUAAAAAUCUUAUAUCAGGGUUUUCUUUUUUUAAUGUAAUGCAACAUUACAAAUUGCCUCUUUUAGCUUGUUCCAACUCAAUGGCUUCAAAGAGGGCUUUGA